GUCAUCAGUCAUCGACAGACAGGCGUCCAAAAAGGUCCAUAACACUAGCAGGCAUGAAACUUGAAGUGAAACCUGCUGAGAAAUUCUAGUUUUAACUCAUCCAGCUUCAUUUACACCAUUUUUCUGCUUACCUGCCUGGUUCUGUGUGUUUUCCGACCAAAGAACACCAUGUUUAUUUCUUCGCAAGACUCCCCGGCUACCUUCCAAGGUUUUACCCUCGUCAUGCCUGCGGUCGCUGUCGGUAACGUGGGUCAGCUGGCCGUUGACCUCAUUGUGUCCACCCUCAACAUGAGAAGAGUGGGCUACUUCCAUACAGACUGCCUGAUCCCGAUGGCCGGGAACAACCCCUACGCCAGCGGCAAAGCGGACGCCGAGGAGCUGCACACCCCUGCAGAAGUUUACACAGCAGCUGAGCUGAAACUGGCGGUUCUUCAGAUCAGAGCACCAAUCAUCCAGACGAGGUCUAAGAAGUUUCGUCAGCAGCUCAAGUCCUGGAUCAAAGCCAGCGGUUUCUCCAGGACGGUGGUUCUGUCCAGCAGCCACGCCUACCAGAGGGACGACCAGCAGCUGCAGGGCACUUCUUUGAGGUACCUCAUGACGCCGUCUCUGCUGGCUGCGAGUGCGGAUGCGCUGAAGGAGCUGGGCUGGAGGGAGAUGGAGCGGAUCCCGGCGUUUCCUGGAGUAGACGCAGAGCCGAGACUCUGCAUCCCAGGAGGCGGCAUCACCAAAGGCCUUUACACAGACGGCUGUGCCGAGGAUCUCCCGCUGGCGGUGCUGCUGCUCUUCUGCUCAGAGGGCGACAACAUUCCUGAUGCGUUCGCCCUCGUCAACCACCUCAACGACUGGCUCCAUCUGCUGGACGGACAGAGCGAAGAACCGAAGAGCAAGUGGAAGAUCCCAACUUCCUGGAGUUUGCUGUUUGGCAGUGGCAUCCCUCCUGCACUUUUCUAACUGAGGAUAUUAUAGUUGUAAAAAUGAGCUUAAAUCUUUAAGUUUGCAUGAUUGUUCUCUUGAUAUUCCCUGCACCGUCAUUUCCAGGAGAUUUUUUAGCUCGAGCGCUCCUGCGUCCCUUCCAAGUGUUUUAUCCAAUAAAGUCUUAUCGAAUACCUGCGUGUUUAUUUAAAGUGAUAACGACCUGAUUUCACUCCCUUUAAAUCCACCCUGCUAACUGAAAGUGCUUGGCUCGGUGCCAGCGUGUGUUCCUGGCAGUCCAACCUCCGAGUAAUUUGAUCCGCUGUCGUAACAGAACAACUCUUAUUCAACGGCCGGGCCGGCUGCCAAGUCCGCGGUUUUUGUCCGUCUGUUUGCAUCAUUGUAUUGGACAUUGUGUGAGCGGGCCUGGUUAUGGGAAAGGAAUGUUUUAAAAAGAGAAAACUGUAGUUUUUUUUUUUUUUUCUCACUCAUACGCUUUGCUUUAAAAUAAAAACGAGAAAUGCAGACGUGUAGGUAGACAAAAUACCAGUUUUAUUUUGAGCUUACACUCUAAAUAAACUUAAGACAACUUAAUUUCAAAAUGAGAACAAGUCAUGAGUUUUCUGCAGCAUUAAGAUCUGUAACAUAAGCUCUUUAUUUUUCUCUUUACAAGCAAAAAUAUCUUUAAUACACAUCUU